UUUUCAAUAAAAAAUAUUGUGAUGUUGAUUUAAUAUUAAAUUUUCAAAAGUAUAGAUGAAAUUUAAAGGGGGUGUGGUGAGUAAUGACCAGAACUCUUAUGUUCUGUCCCAUGACAAUGUGUUCCCAGACUAACAGUAUGCACCAAGAGUUUUGCUAAGCUGCACAUUACGACCGGCAAUUGGGUUGAAGAAUUGGCUGACAAGGAUCUUCUCAGUUCCUUUUCAAAGAUCUCGAUGAAAGCAGCGAUAAAACUUCGAAAAAUAGUGACGAAAACCACAUGGGUUUCCCGUCCAAUAGUCUGGAGUACACAUCGGGCUCUCAACAAGAACGAGGGAGUAUGGAAGAGCUCUCGCGCUGGCCCGCUCGACUGGAAUGAGCAAUUGUAAGUCAGUCGCGUCAAAUAUUAUGUCAAUUUACUAAUGUGGAACAGGAACGGUGAGUUUGUUGAUAUGAUCAAGAAAGAAUGGUCACAGACUAUUCACGUAAACAUGCCUACUGUGGUUUUGCAAUAUGUUAAAGAGGCCGAAAAGUGCCUCGCCAAUUUUGCAGACAACCUUAUGUCUGCAGCAUUAGGUAUCUCGCCUUCGCUACGUGAAGCAUUUGAGUAUCUGGGCGAUAGCAUUCUUCGGAAUGUACGUCGACUCCAGGUCAGAGCUGAUUCUAUUUUCGCGGAUUUUGAGGCGGUAGCAAAAGAUGCAUGGAGAUUAGUAAAACCUAUCUGUGUAGACGCUUGGAUGCCCAUUUAUCACAUAUGUGGCGCCGAAAAAUGUGAGUUUUUCAUCACUAUCUACGGACGAAAUGACUGAACAUUAAAGCAGGCCGAGGACACUAUGCACGCAACAAAGCUACGCACAAAAUCCACGUGGAUGGCCUCGGAGGUAGACUUAUGUACAGAGAAUGUGGUAGAAAAUUGGAGGCUACGCUUCGACGGAUGUGUGCAUAUCUCCACAGCCAGUUCGAAGAAAAGUACCCUGAGGUCAUGGAGGGAUUCGUGAAUGAAAUGGCUGCCACUCUUGACCAACAUACCAUGGGUGGCGACCGCAGAAGCAUUAGGCAGAAGAACUCGGUGACGAAAGCCAAAUUGCAGGGAAUACUGCCGAUGAAGAUCGAAGCUCUUUACAAAGAGUGGCAAGCCGAUCUUUCCAAUGAGCUCAAGGAAGAUAAGAAGCCAGAACAAGACAUCUUCGACAGCACCUAGGUAGAAGAAGAGGAAGAGGAGGCUAUUCCUGACGUCGAUGAUCUUAUGAAGGAUCGUGAUUUCGAUGAGGAAUCGGAGGCUGAGAAUGAUUCGGACAGCGAUCUUUGAGCCUCUCUUAUUUCUCUGCUUUCUUCCGCAGUCCCGGCUUCUUUGCAUCACCACACAUCAGUCGAGCCUUCUCUUAGCAAGUAAACCUCCUAUCGAAAGAUUGAAAGUCCCAAAUAUCGCCCCCUAAUGCAGUUACGCACAUCUAAUCCAGCCAGUACAUAUCACCCAUACUUAUUUAUUCAGCAAUUUUCAUUCCUUUUCAAAUCCACUAAACAACAAAUCACGAAUCACGAAUCACGAAUCAUGCAAUAUCAGCAUUUCACAUUCCCAACCAUUACACUUAUCCAUAAUUAUCAACCAAUUUCCACUCCAAAAACAACAGAUAUCACACAGCAAGUCCAUUCAUUCAUUCAUCUAUCCAUUCCGUCGCAUUUUCAUCAUGAUAUUGGUAUCACUUGACAAACACGAACCGUUACGCGUUUAAUUUGCCAUUUUUUUCAAGUC